AUGCCUAACCAAAUUACCGAUGACAUCGUGGUCAUCGACAGGUGGAUUGUUUCCAUCCCCGACCGCAAGGUCGUCUCUUCGUUUGCUGCAAAACGCCAACUGUCGCAAGCUAACUACCGCAAACUGGUUGCCAUCGAGCCCGUCGAUUUGACCCGCUUCACCACCACUUUUCACACCGUGGACUCCCCCGAGUUAUUCCAGCACAUCGAUCUGCAUCCACACGAGUUUGCCGUUCUGCCCAAUGGGGAUGCUGUGCCCAGAUCGUCCGUGGCGUAUAGGAGGGCUGACAAAUCUAAGUGCAAUCUGUUCACCAGGAUGUCCCACCGUGUCAGCACUGGCGGCCGGCGCGUCGUCUACUUGGUCCCCGCAGAGCAGCACCAGUAUCCCGAUGUGGACAUGCGGGAUGUGCCCACCCAAGGCUUCAAGGCCAAGAACACCUCCUUGUUUGUCCAGCUCAUGGCCCUCGAUACUAUCAGGUUCGACAUCGAAAGCGACUUCGCAGUCGUCAAUGCCGGCAUGCAACCGGGCACCCUCCACGCCUGGCAACACCACGCCGUGGAUUACCUCCAAAAGUGCUAUGAGAAGGCCCGUGCCCGGGGUUCUCAGUUCCCUGGGCGGGACUUCCACCGGGGCACGUCAUCCAUAGUCAAGCUCUACGAGCCCACGACAUUGACCUUGUACGGCAACCGCCUGGGCAAGGCAUUGUACAUACUACAGCACUGCACCGAGCUGUCCCCGUUCCAGGAGCUGCUGUCACGCACCAAUUUCCAGCCCUUCGGAAACGACCCCGGUGCCGCCCUGGACCGGUACCCUGGUCUGAUUUGCGACGCACUGGCGGGCACGCGCGGUGCCGAGCUGGUCGUCCGGUGGGUGUAUACCAUGGCCUACGAGUUCGAGGCCUGGACGACAACAGACGUCCUUUUGAUGGCCCGCACCGCCAUGUCCUACAGAGAGAUGCUGGACUCCAUCAAGAUGUUCAUAAAGUUUUCAGCGUUCGCCAACGACCGCUGCGACCCCAAUGAGUUGGCCGAGUUAUUCAGCGCCGAGGACCCUGGAGAAGAUACCUUGUGGCACCGAGUGGGGCGGCUGUACACCGAGGUGGUGAAGCAGUGCACGAUUGACGCUUCCACAAACGUGGUCUGGAACAGCUCUACCCAGGAGGUCAUGGUGAACAACAGGGCCAUCUCUCUCAGCGGUAUCGCAGAGAUACUGUCUAGCAUUGGGCUCGAAUUCAACGAGUGUAUCGCUGCACUCUCCGAGCACCUCAGCUUCGGGUCCGUCAGCGACGUGUACCUUGACACUUUGGGAAACCCCGAGUCCGAUUUCACCGGAGAUCGGAAAAAUACCUAUUUUGUGGACACAUUCAAGAAGGAGACCUUCUUCCACCACCAGAUGUACUGGAGGAACCCCGCAAGCGCGGCCAAUGCCGAGGUGGUCACGGUGGUCCGCAGCACCAUCUCCCGGAUAACCCGGGCCCUUCUGGUAGAAUGCUGGCUGAGUCCCGGCAUGCCCCUUCGGUUCCCCGAGCUCAGCACAAUUACCUUCUCGGGCCCGGAACGAAACGUCUACGCGGACGGCGGCGGGCGCAUGCUCUACUUUCUUACAACGUACAACAAGAAUAAGCAGUACGGCCACCGUCUGUCCUUUCUGGACGCCGCGGCAUCCGCUAAGCUCCUGUGGUUUAUACUCAUCCUGCGGCCGUUCACGAUUGAACUGCUCAAAGACGAGCUGGCGCAGUUCAAAGGCGACAUGUACCUGAGGCACGCAGAGGACACCGUGUAUGGGCAGGACGUGUUAGAGGCUGGCGGGGACAGCUCCGAAGACGAAAACGUCCCAGUGUUCAACCAUGCCAGGCGGCUGACAGAGAGAGUCCAACUGCUGGCAGCGUCCAGCGGUGCUGCCACGGUGGGCGCGGCGGUCCUGAAGGAGUUUCUGUGGGUGGACAUCGAGCACCACAGACUGCUGGGCCUCAACCAGUUCAAUACCGAGCUAAUGCGGCACCCGCGGAAGGGGACACGGUACGGCAUGACCAUCCGGCUGAUGCGGCAGGCGCUGGCCUCGCUGUGGAAGAACGCAGUGCACGAGGUCGGCAAGGUGGAGCUGAUUGCCAAGGGGUUCGGCCACAAUGCCCUUACCCACCUGAACAUCUACGGGUUCAACCGCGACUCGGACGUGAACUCGGGCGCCCAGGAGGACACAUUUGUCGAGGUCCGCAAUCUGAGCGCGCGGUUCAUGGCCGCGGUUGACCCCGAACGCCUGCAGCGGUACCGCAGCCACUUCACCACCCGGGCCAAGCGGCGCAGAAUUGAACACCAGCCCGGCCCUGUCUGCGGCGUCGAGGAGCUGUUUGCGGCGGGGAGGCGGUUCCUGAACUGCCCGGACUUCGACUUCCGCAAUCGCGACCAGCUGCUGUUCACCACAAACGUGCUGUUUUCGCGCUACCGCGCUCUGGGACUGCAGGCUGCUACUGCGUUCGGAAAGUCCCUGACCUUUUUGCUGCCCAUGAUGUUUCGGGCGGCGGAGAGACCCAACCAGUAUCUACAUUUUAUAGGUGUUCCAUACGAGGCGCUGAAGCGCGCAACAGUCAAGAAAGUGGCACAGACCGGGUUGCGGGUGGCGCUGGUCACAGAGCUGCUGAGACCAGCACCGCUCCAGUAUAUCCGCGACACAGACGUCUUUGUCGGGUGCUGGGAGACGUUUGCUGAGCCCCAGCUGGUUGCAUUGUUUCGAAACUGGGACAGCGUCGCAGGCAGUGCCAAGACACUGGGCUACUUUGUGUUUGACGAGGCACACACGCUCUUUUUCGACUCGACAUACCGCCCUCAGCUUAACGAGGUGCGGGCGCUCGGGUGGGAGAACUGGGAAAAGGUCUUGUUUCUGUCCGCGACAAUGGACGCCGGUCUGUUCCAGACGAUUGCAGAGGACCGCAGGCUGCCCGACUACAUGAUCAGUCAGCGGUACUUCAUGAACGCCGUAAAGGAGGUGCCGAACGCGCAGAUGAGAGUUGAUUGCAUCUGGCGCAAGCGGAGCAUGAUAGUGGACGAUGUUCGGCGGUUGAUCCAUGCGUUCCUGACCGGCGUCGCAGAGGGCAAGGCCGUCUUCUUCUUUGGAAACAAGAAGACAAUGGCAAAGGCGUACCGGGGGUUCCGUUCCAACGAGAGGGUAGUCCAGGUGUCAGCGUCCGAAAGCGAGGAGCACAGGCGUAUGGUAUUUGAGAUGUUUGAGGAUGGCCGCUCUUUACAGCGCGUGAUCCUUGGAACAAAGCUGAUAUCGAACGGUCUGGACUGCCCGUCAGUGCGGUUCGUGUGUCUCGUCGAUUUCCGGAUGAACGCUGUGGACUAUCUGCAGAUGGUUGGGCGGAUCCGCGGGCACGGGUACAUCCGGGUGCUGUACAGCGGCACUGGCGGUGUGCCUCUCGAAACCACCUCGCGCGGGAGGAACUUCCCUCUACUGAAUUUCCGGGAGUGCAUCACAGAACAGAUCGCCCGGUACUACGGCCUGGAGGGCACUUCUCACGCGCGGUGCUGUGGCGAGGGCACGGACGAUGAGUGGACCAGAGAGAUCCGCGCCAGGCUGGACGCCGGAGGCACUCCCGAUGUGUCUGCGUCAGAGAGCGGAGGGGAGACGGACCCCGCGACGGUCGGACCGCUGGAAGAGAAGCUGCAGGGUCGGGGCUUUCUACACCUUGUCCUUGGCGCGGGAUACGAACAUGCGGUGCAGGGCGUGCUACUGGGCCUAAACGUCGUAGCAGUGCUGAGUUGGCGGUUCAACCCGUCGACCCGUCUGUGCCGCGAGUGCUGGGGCCUGCGGCACGAGUCCGAUCCCUGUCACCCGCUGAAGAGGGAGCUGUUGACGCUGUCCGCGGAGAUCCUGCUGGUGCUGUACGUGGCGCAGGAUAAAAAGUUCGAGGAGUUUGCUCGGUUACUCGAGCAGCGCGGGUCGUACGACUUCGUUCUGGACAUGCUGCAGGACGAGGGCCUGCUCCGGCGGAGGUUACUGGUGUUUGUCCAAAAGUGCAAACUGGGGUUCGGGAAUGUUGUGUUUAAAGAAGGGGCGGGGUGCUACACACUGGCCACUUUCAGGCUGUUUUUUGCCUUCUUGCUGCACAAGAAGGUGAAUGUGGCCGUAUUGUUGAAGAAACAGGCAGUGGUAGCAUCUCCGGCGCUAUUCUCGAACCUCGACAACUACGUCGGGAAACUCUUCCACGACACGGCCACUGUCGCUGCACUGAGCGCAGGGGAACUGACACACCAGAAGGUGGAGGUGCUGGGCGCACUUGAGACGUGGGUGGGCAACAACCAGCGGGAAUGCCCCCAGCUGUACACUCUCAUUAAAGGGCGGGCGCACACCGGUGUGUUUGUUUCUUUGGUUGUGGUCCGUGUUCGAGUUUGGGCUGACCCGGGUCCUGGGGCCAUGCAGCGUGGAUGCAACGGGGAUGCCGCAAUGGAGGCUGUUUCCUCUGUUCUUCCGCAACAUGGUGCGGACCGUGACUGUUGA